AUGGCAGCAGAAGAAAGAUUAAAGGGUAUCAAACCCCUACAAGGAGAAAUAUCCAUUUUACCUUCUAUUCAGGAACUGCGGCCAGUUGACUCAUUUGAAGAAGCAUACGUUGCUGAGAUAGACAUAAAGUCAUCAAAUGUAGUUGUCAAGCUACUGGAUACCCAUUACCCGAGAAACCCUGAAGUCAGCCGAUCCCAUCUGCGCAGGCUGCUACGGCCAGAUAGCCUGCCGGAACCAUUGAAACAGGAGCUUGACGAAGCCGAGGGACCAAAGUCCAUUGCUUCAAUUCACGUACUUAUCCCUCCGCCUUUGCCGGAACCAUCGGAGAUUCAGGCCCUAUUGGCACCAUAUACCCCCAGGAUAUCACCGCCCAGUCAAAGUGAGCCCGACACCACCACCGCCACCGAACAACCAUCACCACCACCGGAACCAGAAAAGCAACCUACUGUUCGGAUCCAAAAGACACUCAUAUCCACUAAACCGCCUACAACGCCCGCCGAAGCACUCGAAUGGUCCCGUACAAAAUGGUCCACGAUAUAUAACCCUGCAGCACGAAAUGCAGCCCACGCACCACCACAGGUCCAGCUUGUGCGAGCCAAGGCAUCAAUCUCUCCUAGGGCAGGAUUCUUCCUAGCCUUAGCAAAGGAGGUGGCUAAUGAGAGCGUACAAUCCGGUCGAGGCCGAGGCGUAGGCGUAGUUAUCGCCGAUCCCGAACUCACAGUCGGGAAACCCGACGAUACAGAUGACCUACUAAAUUCCGUCGUUGCAGUUUCAGGGGAUACGAGGUGGUGGAAAGCUUCGUUGGAGCAUAAGCACGAGCACGAGCACGAGCACGCGCCAGAACAUGAAAAGGAGUAUUCCGUUGACGAUGAGGCUGGGCCAGAAAACCACGCAGUUAUGCGUGGCAUAUCCAUGGUGUCGAGGAAACGGAUAGCGUCAAACAAGCCAGCGACUGAUGGAGUAGAAGUAUCUGCUCCGUCGGAGGUAGAGUCUGCCCCGAUAUCGUCGACAUCACUUGAAUCGCAUUUCUUUCAACUGCCUAAUCUACUCAAGCCCUCGAAGGGCGGGUACCUCUGUACGGGGCUGGAUUUAUACACCACGCAUGAGCCAUGUAUAUGCUGUUCGAUGGGCAUGCUGCUAUCCCGUUUUCGAAGCAUAACCGUUUUGAACGCCGGCAUGCGAAGGUCCGCGGAAGGUAAUGCGCUGGACGCUGUGAAUGGGUACGGCUUGCACUGGAGGGAAGAGCUUAAUUGGAGAGCCAUCGGGUUUGAGUUUUUAGAGACAGGAGGGAGGGCAGGCAAGGCUGAUGGGGAUGAAAAGGAGUUCAACGCUUGA